UGUAACGUGCGCCGAUUGUGUAUUAGCGUCAUCGAUUCGCGACAGCCGGCAAGGCAUGAUUUUCGGAUUUUCUGUUUCGGCAGGCGUGCUGGCAGUGUUGCAAAAAAGGUAAAUGGUAUCGAUACAUCCAGAACUUGGCAAAGAACACAUACAAAACCGCAUUUUCCGCUAACGAUAUGCAGGUCGGAAUGUGGAGGUUGAGUGCGGUCCGCCACAAGGCGCGUCCAGACCGAAGUAAUUUGGAGGAGUUCAAGUUCAAGCGACGAGAACAGGAAAAAGAGCUGAGGCAGGCGAGGAGGAAUAAACAGCUGGUGAGUAAGCGGCACCUGCAGGAGGAUGAGGAGGAGGAGGAAGAGGACGGGGCCAUGGACACUGCUGGCAGCUUGCUGUCCAAGGAGCAGGUGGUGGAGCUGUUUCGUUGCAUCCAGCACAGUGGGGAGGAAAGGGUUAAUCACCUCCGUGCCCUGAAGAAGGCCCUGCGAAUCCAGGAGACGCAGCUCAUCUUCAUCAAGCUGGAGAACAGCAUGCAGGUGCUGGUGGGGCUGCUCAGUGGCUCGAAUGCCCUCUGGCAGCUGGAGGCGGCGCAUUGUCUGUUCCAGCUGUCCCACUCGCCCAAUCCCGCAGCGGGCACUGCCUGCCUGCCUGCCACGCCCUACCUGCUCACUUACCUGUCUGGGCAGAGCGACAGGUUCACGGAGCUUUGUCUCUACACGUUGGGGAACCUGUGUGCGGAGUGUGAGGCUGUGAGGGAGAAGCUUCUAGCGCAGGGGAUCGUUCCAGCUUUGGCCAGCUGUCUGCAGAGGCACAACCUGGCGGUGGUGGAGGCGGCAGGAUUUACUCUCUCCCAGCUCCUCCAGGCUAAAGACGCUGCAGCCAACAUUGUCCCGCUGGUCCUGGCUUCGGGUUUAACCCUUCACCUGCUGGCCGCGCUGAUGCCCGUUCCGGAGUACGGGAUGGGCGCGGCCAUAGAGUGCGCCUGGUGUCUGCACUACCUGGUGUGCAGUAAUGUGGAUGAUGCAACCCUUUCAGCACAGGGCGUUGUGUCCAAGUGCAGUUCCUUACUCAUAACACUGGGUGGCGCUGUGGCCACGGGUAACACCGAGGAAGGUGUGGAGCUGCUGGUGUGGCCCCUCCUCCGCUCUUUGGGAAACCUGUUGUCGGGCUGCGGUUCGGGGGGCCUCCAGGCUCAGCUGAGGGACAGCCGGCUCCUCCCCGCCCUCUGCGUUCUCGCCCAGGCCUUCCUGAAGCCCCGCCCAGCCCUGGCCAGAGAGAGCCUCUGGGUCCUCAACAACCUGACGGCUGGUUCCGGCGUUUUCUGCUCGGCUGUACUCUUCCUGAAUCUGGUCCCGCCUCUGGUCCAGCUCCUGCCGUUCUCCCAGGGAAUCAACUGCAUGGUACUACAGGUUCUGGGUAACAUCGCUCACCAGGGCACGGAGUACUGCACCCGGCUGAAUGGGGCAGGCCUGCUGCCAGCGCUGUGCGCUACACUCAAGAUGGCCGACCCCGAAGUGGUGACACUCAGUCUGGAGGUGCUGGCCAUGAUGCUGGCCAGUAGCUCGGAGGUGGCUGAGGAUUUUAUAAAGCUAAUGGGACUCCCCCUGCUGGAGGCCAUCCAGUAUAACAGCCAGGGCGAGAUGAGACUUCGAGCGUCCUACAUCCUGGAUCACUACCUGACCUCACACAGUCAAGUGAAGGUGGACACCCCUGCAUCGUGACUCAACUGGGAACGAACUAAUGAAGGAGAAUAGUGUUUACGUUUCAAUAAAUAUUUCCGCAAAUGCAUUUGCGAACUAUGUUGUGACCUGACAUUCUACAACGGUUUUGCUAUUCUGUGAAUACAUGUAGAUCUUUGUAUAUAUGCAAAAUUAUAUCAACUCUUGAAAUGUCAUGCGGUGUGGCACGCUUGAAUAAAAUGCACGUUUUGUACGA